UGUGGGCCUUGGGUUCUGUUCCUGUGCUUUUUUUUUGGUUCUUUGAUUCCUGGUAUUUAUUCUGAAAGAAAGCUCUUCAUCCGUGUGCAGGAUCCUUUAACUUUAAGAUUGCAAAAGCGCAGUGGAAGCUUUUGCUGAAUUCGGUGAUGACACUAAAAAUAUCUUGACCUCUUGAGCUUUUGAGCGGACAACGGGCAGGAAACUGGACGGGGGGAAAAAACGUCUCGCCAAGAAAAGAAAGCGACGUCAGCGUUGGUGACUCAUUCGACACUUUCUACUGUCGAAUAGCCGUGGGGAAGUGAAACCGUGUCGGGACAGGGGGUCUGCCUCAUGAACAGGGGCAGAUUUGUUCUCUCUUUCAUAACCUAAUUGCCCCUGGGGCUGGCAGGGGGCCAUUCGAUGGAGCGCUUUCAGGGUUUGCCCCCAUCGGUUUGCCUCACGGAGAGGCCCAGACCAGGCGCUGAUGGAUAAGUCAAGCCCUCCGUUCGAGAGUUGCUGUCUCCGGGUCACUCAGCAAGAAGUGAAGCCCGGACACUUCAACAGGUUCCAGAAGAGUUAUCGAAAGGUCCAGGAGUGCGGGACAUCGCAGGCGGCUGUGCUGUUCUCCCUGAAGAAAGGGGGGAUCAUGUGCGUGGACCCUCAGAUGUCCUGGGUCAAGGAGCUGAUGAGGAGAAUCGACAAAGUGGCGCCUAAGAGCGGUGCGGACAAAGCCAACGACCCAAGCGGACACGUGGGUGACAGGUACCAGACCAAGGGCCCGACCCUGGUCAGGCAGAGAACGGGCACCACCCCUGCCAACCAGGAGGACCCGGACGCCACACCCUGGCGACCAACGUGGGCAGGCAGCAGUGAGACCUCAGCGAUUCCUCACCCAGUCGAAGAGUCUGCUCUCCCAGGGUCUGAGGCAGCAGCGGGCACUGACCCUCCAAGCCUGCAGGGGGCGCUCCAUGGAGUGAGUGAGACGUUGGAGCUGGGGUCUAGUGUCCCCACCCCCACCCGGUCCAUCCCCGGGGAGUCGGCUGAUCGACAUGGGUCAGAGGUCACCCGGCCGGAGGUCCCGCCCCCUUCCGCGGGUAGCCCCCCGGGAAUGGUGACGGCGAAGGGAGGGUCCGAUCCCCGGGUGGUCGAGGAGACGGUGGAAUCGAGCGGGCGAGUGGGCCCCGAGAGGGCGAGGAGGAAGGAGCUAGGGAGGAGCGAGGUGGCACUGCUGGCCCUUCUGCCCAUCGUCUUGGUGCUGGUGUCCGUCAUCGCCUACUUGUUGUGCAAGAGGCGCCCGCGAAAUGGUGAGGGGGUGAGGGCGGGAGUGGGGGUGGGGGUGGGGUUUAGUGAGGGGGGUGGCGAGAUCUACCCUGGUCUUCUGAAUCGACUCUCACCCCCCCCCAUCCCCCUCCCCCAGCCCCACCGCCCUUUCGCCCCAGCCAAACUCUCGCGAGGCCUCUCACUGCUGACCAGCCGUUCCCUGGGUGACGCAGGGGGGAUGUGCGGAUUGGGGUGUGGGGGUGAGGGGGGGGUAUUAAGUUCAGCCAGUGUCGCUCUGCGUCCUGUGUCUCCUCAGGACGGUAUUCCGAAGGCACCCGUCCCCAUCGAUGCGGAUAAGGUCCCGGGUGGGCGUGGGUCAAAG